AUGUCUCUCGAAGCAAAAAUCGAAACAAAGGAUAUUCAUGAUGUAAUAAAUGAUAUCGAACAUGAAGUAUCAAGUUAUGACAGUUAUAGCUUUAAAUCUAUGGAGAAGAGGGUUAUUAGAAAAUUUGAUAUUUAUAUAUUACCAGGCUUCAAUAAUGUAUAUUUAAAAUCCACACCAAUUGAAUUUAAUCUUGCCGUAUCUGCACAUCUUUUUGGUUUUUUCUUAUUUGAAAUUCUUUCAAGUUUUGUAUCAAAACUUUUGGGAUUUCAAGUUUGGGUUCCGAUCUUAAUGGUCUGUUGGGCAGCAUUAUCUAUGUGUCAAGCUGCAGUUACAACCUCGGUUCAAUUAGGCAUUGUGCAGCAGAAGCCUGCUUGUAUAGAUUAUAUAAGUUUAUUUUAUUCCAGAAGAGAAUUGACUACGAGAUACGGCGUGUUUCUGGCCCUGGCUAUCAUCGGUGGCGCUUUUACUAGUCUUCUUGCGUAUGGAAUACUUCAAAUAAAAGGGGCUACAUUAAAAGGUUUUCAAAUACUAUUUUUACUUGAAGGUGCCCCAACUAUUAUUAUUGCCGCAAUUGUUGCUGUAUUUUUCACUAGAGGUCCUGGAGAUGCACGUUUCCUCAAACCUAAGGAGAGUAUUUUCACUAUUGAGCGUCUUAAACCAGAGGGAGGCGUUGACGAAAAAAAUCAUAAUGUUAUGAAAUCUCAAGCUAAAACCGCAUUUUUGGAUCCCAGAGUUUACGCUUACGUAUUUAUUGCAACUGCAGGAAUUAUCCCAAAUAAUGCACUUAAUAUUUUCCUUCCAACUUUAGUGAAUCAACUUGGUUAUGAUCCUGUGAAUACUCAAUUAAUGUGUGUGCCAGCAUUUGUAAUAGCAACUGUUGUAAUGCUCACAUUUUCUUGGUUAGCAGAUAGAUAUCAAAUUAGAGCUUUUCUUAUAAUGACUGCAGAUAUCAUAGUGUGA